CUGCUUCUGUGUGCAUAAAGCAAUCUCCUGAAGGCACUGUGUGCACUUCAGCUCUGUCCUGGCACGGCAGCCCCAGCCCUGCUCCCUGAAGGACAGGCUGCCAUGGAAGGACAGGCUGCCAUGGAAGGACAGGCUGCCAUGGAAGGACAGGCGGACGCCGAGCCGGGAGCUGGGCAGCAGCUGCAGCACCAAAGGCAGCGAGCAGAGGACGAGCAGAGGCUGUGGCAGGGAGGCCAGGUCAGGAACACGCUGCACCUCAUCUCCGCCGUGGCUCAGUGGAUUUUGCUGCUUGCCUGCCUGAUUUACCUGGGUGUACAUUUUCUGCGGCCCUCAAAGCCCCAGAGUGACAAAGUGCUGUGGACCUACAUCCGCUACUCAGGCAGGAGCAGCAGAGGAGCAGCCAUGAACCUCAGUGCGGAAUCCGGGUCCAUCCGGAUCCGGAACGGCUCCAUCCUGGUCCCCUAUGAUGGCCUGUACCUCGUGUCCCUCAACAGCUCCAUCGACCUGGAGGAGGAGGGGGACUGCCUGAAUCUGACGCUGCAGGGCACCAGCAGCGUCCUGUGGGAGCAGAUUGUCCACAGCAACAGCAGCAGAGUGAACUUCACCUCCGUGCUCUACCUGUUUGAGCAGGACAGCGUCACGCUGUGGACCAGCGCCAACGCCAUCAUCGCAGACCUGUCCCUCAGCCUGGUGCUCGUGGCUGAGAACAAGUACUAG